AUGCUGGCGACAAGGCAGUUGUUGCUGCGAUUCCAGUCGCAUCCAUCAUCGCGCUGCUGCUCAUGGCUGUCGACGACCACGGCUGCAGCGUCGUCUUCUGCUACUGCUGCUGCUGCCAACAAUCAUCAUGCUGCUGCCAGCAAUCAUCAUGCUGCGACGGAUGCUGCCGUUGGCCGUCCGCGGUACAUUGCCGACAACGACCAGCGCUCCUCUACUACCACUACUGCUGCUGCUGCUGCGACCAGCAAUUCGGCUGCUGCAAUCCGGCGCGACUUUGUGCAGUACUUUGUCGACCGCGGCCACGAGCACGUCAAGUCGAGCUCGCUGGUGCCGCAGAACGAUCCCACUCUGCUCUUUGUCAACGCGGGCAUGGUCCAGUUCAAGGAUCGCUUCCUCCAUCCACGUGCCAGCAGCAGUGGCAGGCUUACAAGUGCCGUCUCUGUGCAAAAGUGCAUGCGCGCAGGUGGCAAACACAACGAUUUGACCAACGUCGGGUACACGCCGAGACAUCACACCUUCUUUGAGAUGCUGGGAAACUUUUCAUUCGGAGGCUACUUUAAGGAAACUGCCAUUCCGCUGGCCUGGGACUACCUCACAGCCCAUCUCCAGCUGCCGAAGGACAGGCUCAUGAUCACUGUAUACGAGACGGACGACGAAUCGUACGCCAUUUGGCGCGACAAGAUCGGUGUGCCGGAAUCAAGAAUCUGGCGCCUGGGCGCCGCCGACAACUAUUGGUCGAUGGGUGACGGCCCGGGUCCUUGCGGUCCGUGCACAGAAAUUCAUUUCGACCUGCAGAACGGACUAGAUGCGCGCGACCCGGAGCGGUACAUGGAGAUUUGGAAUGUUGUGUUUAUGCAAGAGCAAAAGGUGGCAAGCUCCAGCGGACAACUGAGCCUCGCCCCGCUCGAGACCAAGUGCAUUGACACUGGCAUGGGUCUUGAGCGUCUUGCGCGUGUGUUGCAAGGCAAGGCAAGCAAUUUCGAGAUUGACAGUUUGGCCAGCCUCACCGCCGCCACCGCAGCAGCAGCCUCAGCCGCUUCUCAAGCAUCCGGACAAUUGGCGACGCCGCCCACUGCCUUCCUUAACAUCGUUGCCGACCAUGUUCGCGCAGCCUCCUUUUUGAUUGCUGAUGGUGUCAUUCCCAGUAACCUUGGUCGUGGGUAUGUUCUUCGUCGCGUUAUUCGACGAGCUGCCGGCGUGGGCUUGCAGAUGGGACUGAAGAAGCCCUUCCUUGCCGACCUUGUCCCCGUUCUCCUCGCGUCCACGGAUCCAACCUUCUAUCCGGAAAUCUUUGCGCGACAAACGGAAAUUUGCGCCAUUCUUAAGCAGGAAGAGGAGGUCUUUUCUUCCGCUCUCCACAGCGGCGUGAGCAUGCUGAAUUCGGAAAUUGACGCUGCUGUGCAACGCAAGCAAGCCGUUCUUGCACCGGCAACAGUCUUCCGGCUCCACGAAUCUCACGGAUUCCCAAUCGACCUGGCGCGUAUUAUUUCAACACAGCGAGGCGUCUCCUUUGACGAGCAAGCCAUCGAGCAAAUGGUUGUCGACAAUCGGGAAAUGACGCGUCAGCGGUCGCGUGCCACUGGCUCUGCCGCUUCCCUUCUCACCAACGCAAACUCCAAGCAGGAGACCACACAGCUGAAAGAGGCCAUUGUGUCAUCAAUGUCCGAGUCGCGAGACAGCAAGGUCAAGCUGGCCGUCGUGGACCAAUCUCCAUUAUACCCUGAGGGUGGUGGCCAAGUUGGCGAAACAGGCGAUGUGCUGAGCAGCGACGGCUCGACGCUGCUUGGUGUGGUCGAGACCACCUCCAAGCCAGCUGGCGACUUUAUCACCAUCCGUAUUCGGCCAGCCGAUUCGGAUGUCGAUGGCACUGCAUUUGAUUCGAUUGCUGCUGGAGGCAAAAUCCAACUCCGCUCGCACGCGUCGCUUCGCCACGUCAUUUCAGCGCACCACACGGCGGUGCACAUGCUCAACGCUGCGCUUCGCAAAAUGUUUGGCACAACUGUCGUGCAAGCAGGCUCGUUGGUGACUUCACAGCGCCUCCGAUUCGAUUUUACGCACAAAGCCGCGCUCUCGGACGCUCAGGUCGAGCAGCUCGAAGCAGCCGUGAAUGGCAUUGCCCAGUCGCGACUUCCCGUGCAAACGGAAGUGCUCCCAUUGGCAGAGGCCCAGCGUCGAGGCGCCAUUUCCAUGCUGAACGAAACGUACAGCGAAAAUGUCCGCGUCGUGAAAAUCGGCGACGUGUCCAUGGAGCUUUGUGGCGGUACCCACGCGUCGAAUUCGCAUUCGGUUUUCCCCUUUAAGAUUGUGGCGCAAUCCAGCGUCGCAGCAGGCACACGCCGCAUUGAAGCUGUUGCUGGCGAGACGGCCAUCACUUGGCUGGCAGGCCAACAGCAGGUUCUUGGCCGAAUCGCCCGAACCCUCAAGGUGGAGCCAGGUCCAGGCGUCGAGGAUGCCUUGAACGCAUUGGUGCAGCGCUUGAAAGAUCAGACCAAGGCGAUCGAUGCGGCGAUGGUCAAGCGUGCCAGCUCGCCGUGGAAUGAGGCGCAAGAGCUGAGCGGCUUGCUUGCGGUGGCAGAUACGACCGCCGUGUCUGUUUCUUUCCGAAUGGUGGACUCGAGCGAGCCCAGCAGUUUUGCCAAUGUUCGCGCAGAGAGACUGGCCAACGCCCUUCAGCCAACCGUCGUUCACGUUGUGAUUGGAAGCGACAAUUCGAUGGCGGUUGCCAUUCCUGCAGCUCCGCAACUCCAGAGUUCCACUCCUUCUGCCCCAUCGACCACUCCACUCCGUGCUAGUGCGCUCUGGAAGUCACUUGCAUCGGUGCUUGGUGGCGGGAAAGGUGGUGGUAGCGACAAUUUGGCGACUGGUCGUUUGUCCGCUCAGCCGACUUUUGACGAGCUCAAGGCCAAGCUUUCGCAGCAUUCCCAGCCAUGGUCUGGCGCGACGUCGCACCAAGCGCGCUGGGUGAUUCCAUCCAAGUGA